AUGUCUUUCCAAAACUUCGAUUCCUUCCCCAACCAGGCCGAUGGUGCCGCUCCCGGCCCCGGUGCUCCCGAUGCCGACACUGCCAUGGCCGGUCAGCCCGAUAUGGCCGCUGCCUCCUUCCAGGGUCCCGCUCCUGGUGAGCCCAACGCCGCCGGUGCUCAGCAGGGCGCCGAUGGCAAGACCACUCUCUGGAUGGGUGAGCUUGAGCCAUGGAUUGAUGAGAACUUCAUCCGCAACCUCUGGUUCCAGAUGGGUGAGCAGGUCAACGUCAAGAUGAUCCGUGACAAGUUCUCUGGGAGCAAUGCUGGAUACUGCUUCGUGGACUUCUCCUCCCCUGCUGCCGCCGCCAAGGCUCUCUCUCUGAACGGCACCCCCAUGCCCAACACCAACCGCGUCUUCAAGCUGAACUGGGCUACCGGCGGCGGUCUCGCUGACCGCAGCCGUGACGACCGUGGUCCCGAGUACUCCAUCUUCGUUGGUGACCUCGGCCCCGAGGUCAACGAGUACGUUCUCGUCUCUCUCUUCCAGAGCCGCUUCCCCUCGUGCAAGUCCGCCAAGAUCAUGACCGACCCCAUCAGCGGCAUGUCCCGCGGCUACGGAUUCGUCCGCUUCUCCGAUGAGAACGACCAGCAGCGCGCCCUCACCGAGAUGCAGGGUGUCUACUGUGGCAACCGCCCCAUGCGUAUCUCCACCGCUACCCCCAAGAACAAGGGCCCCGGUCCUAUGAACCAGUUCACCGACCCCAACAACACCACUGUCUUCGUUGGCGGUCUGUCUGGCUACGUCACUGAGGAUGAGCUCCGCUCUUUCUUCCAGGGAUUCGGCGAGAUCACCUACUUCGUUCAGCGCCACGCUGCUGAGAUGGCCAUCAACCAGAUGCAGGGAUACCCCAUCGGUAACUCUCGCGUGCGUCUGAGCUGGGGUCGCUCUCAGAACAACUCCGGCCCUGCCGGUAGCCCCUACCGCCCCGCUCCCCCGCCGCCCCCCAUGUACCCCUCCAUGGGCAUGCCCCCGGCUCACCAGUAUGGCGGGUUUGCCCCGAUGAAGGUUAGCAGUCACCCCGGCAGCCCGGCCCCAGAACACUCUUGA